CUUCUUUUUUCUUUUCUUCCUUAGUUUAUUUUUUUUUUAAUGGCAACAGAAGGUGCUUUAUUAGCUAUUACAGAUGGUAUUCAUAAGAAACCAAUUAAAAGACGUGCUCGUAUGGCUUUAUCAUGUCAAAGGUGUAGACGACAUCGAUCAAAGUGUUCUAGAGGACGACCUUCUUGUGAACAAUGUGCUUUAGCAGAUGUAGCUUGUGAAUAUUUAGAUGCUCCAGGUGACUUGGAAAGUACUGCCUUACGGGAUCGUUUUGCUGGAUUAGAAGAUCAAAUUCAUUCUUUAUUGGGUGAAUUCGAUAUUUUGGAAGCACUAGUAAAAGAAACCAACCAACCAGCACUUUGUACCAAGGCUCUCAACGGCUGGGAUAUUCAAAACAAAUACCCUCAAGGUUUAGCUAUCGAUACACACUUGGAAAAUGUUGAAGAUAUUUACAAAUGUAUUAUUCAGUUUGCUCUUGAUAAUGAAGCUCCACAACCACCUCCUUCUGGACCUCAACCUGCUUGGUUACGACGCAAUAAUGCUAUAUUCCCUACUAUACGACUUUCUCAUUUUACAAGUUUACAACCUGACGAAGAAGCUAUUAUGACCGACGAUGUGGAAAUCACUCAUCCUCCACCACCAUUACCACAAACCAUUGUUAAGAACUUACUUCGACUUUAUAAAACAUGUUUGCUACACGGGGCUGUACAACCUUUCAACGUAUUAUUACAAGAUAUGCUUUUGGAUCAAGAAAUUCUGGAUGCUACUCCCUCAUUACAAUUAUUAUAUGCUUCUAUUCUUUGUCACAUGUUACCGCAUGCUUAUUGUUGGCAUCGAGAAGCCUUUAGCUCACUUCAUAUUACUGAAGCAGAAUGUGUUAGUUUAGCUCAACAAUAUUAUGGAUGGGCCAAAUAUCUAUUGUCAUCGCUCUACUUUGAAACUCCCAACUUGGCAACGUGUCAUGCGAUCUGCAAUUUAGUUUUGUAUCACAUGGAAAGUGGCAAUACAUCGGUGAUCUAUCUUUAUUCUGGUAUGGCUGUGCGUAUGGCGUUAUCUUUACAACUGUAUCGAGAAGAAGCAUUGGAUGGGAUUGCACAAACACAUCAUGAAACCAUUUUCAGGAAUGCCAAUAUUAGAUAUAUAAAAGGUUAUGCUCGUUCUUUACUUUGGUUCUUGUAUUUCUUGGACACAGCUACCUCUCAUUUCCACAACAAACCCUACGAAGUCCAUCUCAAUAGUGGCGAAUCAUCCACCACCACUGCCUUCAAUCCAUCCUUAUCUCAAGACGAUCGUCAAGCUUUGUUUCAAUGGCUAGAAUUCCAAUCUUGUCAAAUCACACGCGAUAUCCGUCGAACCUGUUUUGCCAACGAUGCCGAACAAACACCUUACCGAGAAAUCGAACGUAUCGAACGUAGUCUGACCUCCUUCCGUGCUUCCUUGCCCACUUUACCUAUGAAACAAGCAUCAGUGUGGAGCACUCGUUGUUUGUAUAUGCAUUGGAUUCGUUUCCAUGGCCAAUGGAUUCUUUUACAUCAAACUUAUUUACCCACACCUUUGUCUCUCCAAAGAUGCACCACUGCUGCUUUUGCCUUGGUUCAACUCUUCAACAACUGGAUCAUCGACAUUGAUUGUUAUUUCCGUCCCUGUGUACAUGAACUCAAACAAGCCUGUGAUAUUCUUCUUUAUCAUGUCGACAACAAUACCGAUGUCAAGAUGAAAGCCCUGGAAGGUCUUGCUCAAUUGAUUCAAGUCAUCUUACUUACUCCUGUCAGUGAUAUCGCAAAGAAACGUCCUUUUGUCCAACGUGUACAAGAAGCUUUACAACAAAAUGGUUGGACCUCUGUUCCUGGUUGUUCGUAGUUCUAUUUGUUUAUUUAUAUAUACAUAUUAUUAUUAUUAUUAUUUAGUUAUUCUCUUUAUUUAUCUCUAUUCGUUUUAUGAAUCAGUAUAUUUUUUUUUUUUGUUUUAUAUAUAUAUAU